AUAACGCCGGUAUUCUUGAAGAACCCCGUGUUGUAGGAAUGCGGUUCAGUCUGGCGCAACGGGAGUCAAGCUCGGUUAGAAUGAAUAAUUUAAGGCCAGUUUCGUUGUUAUCGUUAUCCCAGGAGUAAGGAUAAUAAAAUAAAGAACGGCUAUAGCAUCGUCUCUCACGUCUCCUCCCCGUGUAUGUGGAUUAUGCCAUAAGGUCUAAGUAGCCAAAAUGACGUCGAAUCUAGAGUGGGGAGAGAAGACUUCCGGACUAGAGGUCGCCAGUACUUACGCCCAAUACAUCGAAGGCAAGAAUGUUCUGAUCACUGGCGUAGCGCCAGCAGGUGUUGGUGAAGGAACCGCCAUCGCUUUCGCAUCUCAGAAACCUACAACUCUGAUCCUGGUAUCAAGAACCAAAGAAAAGCUCGAUAGCGUAGCAUCACAUAUUCGAGAAUUAUACCCAGAAGUUGAUGUACGAGUCGUUACAAUAGACUUAGCAUCCCAGGCCUCAAUUCGCAAAGCGGCUGCUGAAGUCACUGGCAUAAUCUCGAAGUUGGAUAUACUAGUGAAUAAUGCCGGUGCCACUUAUAAUGCUCGCCACUGGACAGUUGAGGGGAUCGAGAUACAAUUUGGCGCGAACCAUAUCGGCCCGUUCUUAUUCACGAAGCUCAUGCUUCCUCUUUUAAAAGAAGCAGCUAAACAGUCACCUGCCGGGGCGACUCGAAUUGUCAACCUGUCUAGCCACGGACAUCGACUAUCUACCAUUCGAUUCCAUGACUACAAUAUUGAAAACAAGGAGGUCCCCGAAGAAGAGAAGCCCUUCUCUCCUUUAUCACCUGUCUUCGGAAGGGUCCAAGAAGAUGGCUAUAUGCCUACCAUUGCGUAUGCUCAAAGCAAAACGGCCAACAUAUUAUUCACGCUGUAUCUUCAAGGGCACUUACAGGCGGAUGGAAUUAUGUCGUACGCCGUACACCCAGGAGGUGUUGAUAGCCAGCUUGGCCGAGAACAUGACGAUGAGAUGGCCGAUGCUAUUGCGAAGACGUCCACGUUCUGGAAGAACUGCGACCAAGGCGCGUCGACAACCCUUGUUGCAGCGUUAGACCCUGCAUUAAAUACUCGUGGUGGCCUCUACUUGUCCGAUUGUCAAUUCUUUCCCAGCGCAGAUUACGCAAAGGAUCCCAGCAUAGCCGAGCGUCUUUGGCACUUAAGUGAGGGUUUGAUCGGGGAGAAAUUCAAUCUAGAGUGAAUGUCGUAUCGGUGCGUCGUACAGCGAAGGCGGAUCACCACCUUAGGAAAGAUAGAUCAGUGUAUAGAAAAACUUGAGGUGGUAACAUACGUUAUAGACGUCAUCUAGCAUAAUAAUUAACAUAGCUACAUGUAGGUACUGCGAUGUUCACAUGUUCUAGUCUCCCGGGCAAGAGUAUUUAUAGGCCAAUAGGCCAGAUCUCCUAAAAUGAUCUAUUAUAAACAUAUUGGUUCUGUGGCACUGUUUCUAUUUUAAGCUUAGCCACCAGCCAGUAUUGAUUAACCCCGUUGAUAAAUGUACAGGAGUAUGUCCAUCGCAAGCCUAGAAUGG